AACUUGCGUUAUUUAUUACAAAAAUUGAUUACAUCAAAGACUUUCUAUUUCUCCAGACAAUGCACUUUUACUUCAGUCACUUAUUUCCCAGAAACCAGCCAUGUUUUGUGGAAAGAGAAGCUCCUUUUGUUAACAAUGUGAUCACAAAGGGAAAUUCCCUUUUUUCUUGGCUUGUUGACAGGAUGUCAGUGGAUUGUUAGGCUGUGGAAAUGGUAUAAAUACUGCAGAUUCAUGCACCUUUCCAUCAGCACUUCACUUGAACUAUCAAGAGAACAAACUGCUCCUAAAAAAAAACAGAAACAUUACAAGACUAAAACAAUGAACUCAACAGCCAUCCUGUGCCUUGCUGUCUUGUUCUGUGCAGCUAUUGAAGGCUCACCAAUGCCUGGCAGGGGCCGUUGCCUUUGUCUUGGAGAUGGUGUCAACUUUAUUCAGCCAAGACUCAUUGAGAAGUUAGAUGUGAUUCCUGCAUCAACGACGUGUCGCAACUUGGAGAUUAUUGUUACACUGAAGAACAGUGGAGAGCUGAGAUGCCUGAAUCCCAAAUCCAAGUUUUCACAGAAUUUCAUUAAGAACGCAAAGAAAAGGUCCCAGCAGUAGACUUUAACAUCAACAAGAGAAGAACAACCUCAAAGAUUUUCAAAAGCCACCUUUGUAGAAGACCCCAGAACAAAGACCAAACGCCCUCCAAGAUUCUUGGAAACUGCUUGUUACGCUUUCUCCUCCUCUCUGAAUAAUGUGUAAAGUUCCUAAUGUAAAUAUCUGGAUAGACCCUAUAAAUGAGAAAUAUUUAUGAAUAUUGAAAUUGUUUUUCUGUGUUUAAAAUAACAAAACGUAAACCAAUGUAGAUAUGUACAAAUAUGGUGUUUUAUUUAAAAAAAAAAAAAAAAAAAAAAAAGUCUUAACUGUUAUUCGUGUACAUAGUUUUGAGAGAGAAAUUUUUUAAAGGACUGAAAAUGAAUAAUUUCACAAGUCCGAAUCCCAAAUGUUGAGCAUGUUGUAAAUCUGGGUGUGAAUAUAUGUACUGUAUCUUGAUCUAUGACUAAACAUUUAUUGUAUAAAUUGUAAAAUGUUCUGUACAAUUUUUUUUUGUAAAUAAAAUAUUGUUUGAGGAUAUUCAUGUGUUUUGUUCAACCUUUUAAGUUCAAAUAAAUGACAAUUUUUGAAUAUUGAUACUACUUUUUGUCUUUCUGGUAACAUGCACUGAUUUUGUAUUAUAUGUAGACCACUUUUAUUCUAUUAAGACACUGCUGAAAGGGGGAACUUAUAUAAUUAAACCAUAUCUCUGGGGUUUAAAUAAGGGAAUUAAAAAAAUAUUGGGCCACAUUUUUAUCACAGCGCAAGGCGUCACUACAGUUAAAAAUAUACUGUACACUUCCAGCUGCCUUUCUUUCUUUCUUUCUUUCCUUCUUUCUUUCU